AUUUCAGGUUCUGUUGCAAAGUGUGAAAAUGAAGGUGAAGUCCUCCAGAUCCCAUUCAUCACGGACAACCCUUGUAUUAUGUGCGUCUGCCUGAACAAGGAGGUGACCUGCAAGAGGGAGAAGUGCCCCGUGCUGUCCAGAGACUGCGCCCUGGCUGUCAAGCAGAGGGGAGCCUGCUGCGAGCGGUGCAAAGGUUGUACCUAUGAAGGAAAUACCUAUAACAGCUCCGUCAAGUGGCAGAGUCCCGGGGAGCCCUGUGUCCUGCGCCAGUGCCAGGAAGGCGUUGUCACCGAGUCCGAGGUGCGAUGUGUCGUGCAUUGCAAAAGCCCCUCCAAGCCUCCGGGAUCUUGCUGCCCCGCGUGUCCAGGCUGCGUGUUUGAGGGCGUGCAGUACCGGGAAGGGGAGCACUUUCAGCCCGACGGAGACAAGUGUACCAAGUGUUCCUGUGUUAGAGGCAGGACACAGUGCGUGCGGGAAGUCUGCCCCAUUCUCUCCUGUCCUCAGCACCUUAGUCACAUCCCCCCAGGACAGUGCUGCCCCAAAUGUUUGGGUCAGAGGAAGGUGUUCGACCUCCCGUUUGGAAGCUGCCUCUUUCGCAGUGAUGUUUACGACAACGGAUCCUCAUUUCUCUACGAUAACUGCACUGUGUGCACCUGCCGGGACUCUACCGUAGUGUGUAAGAAGACGUGCUCCCGCCCUGGAGGCUGCGACAAGGGCGAGGAGGCCUGCUGUGAGCAGUGCCUCCUGCGAGUGCCCCCGGAAGACGUCAAAGUGUGCAAGUUCGGCAACAAGAUUUUCCGGGAUGGAGAGAUGUGGUCCUCCGUGAACUGCACCAUCUGCGCUUGUGUCAAAGGCAGGACAGAGUGUCGCAAGAAGCAGUGCGCCCCCAUCAGCAGCUGCCCGCAGGGUAAAAUUCUCAACAGAAAAGGAUGCUGCCCUAUUUGCACUGAAAAGCCCGGCGUUUGCACGGUUUUCGGAGAUCCCCACUACAACACUUUUGACGGACGGACAUUUAACUUUCAGGGGACGUGUCAGUACGUUUUGACGAAAGACUGCUCCUCCCCUGCCUCGCCCUUCCAGGUGCUGGUGAGGAACGACGCGCGCAGGACCCGCUCCUUCUCCUGGACCAAGUCGGUGGAGCUGGUGCUGGGCGCGGGCACCGUGAGCCUCCAGCAGCACCUGACCGUGCGCUGGAACGGCUCCCGCAUCGCGCUGCCCUGGCAGGCGCCGCACUUCCACGUCGACCUGGACGGCUACCUGCUCAAAGUGACGACCAAAGCAGGUUUGGAAAUAUCCUGGGAUGGAGACAGUUUUGUGGAAGUCAUGGCUGCCCCCCAUCUCAAGGGCAAACUCUGUGGCCUCUGUGGCAACUAUAAUGGACAUAAGCGUGAUGACUUAAUUGGCGGGGAUGGAAAUUUCAAGUUCGAUGUGGAUGACUUUGCCGAGUCCUGGAGGGUGGAGUCCAAUGAGUUCUGCAACAGGCCCCGGAGGAAACCAGUGCCCGAACUGUGUCAGGGGACGGUGAAGGUGAAGCUCCGAGCCCAUCGAGAGUGCCAGAAACUCAAAUCCUGGGAGUUCCAGACCUGCCACUCAACGGUGGACUAUGCUACUUUCUACCGGUCCUGUGUGACAGACAUGUGUGAAUGUCCAGUCCAUAAAAACUGCUACUGCGAGUCGUUCCUGGCAUACACGCGGGCCUGCCAGAGAGAGGGCAUCCGCGUCCACUGGGAGCCCCAGCAGAACUGUGCAGCCACCCAGUGUAAGCACGGGGCUGUGUAUGACACCUGCGGUCCAGGAUGUGUCAAGACCUGUGACAACUGGAAUGAGAUCGGUCCGUGCAAUAAGCCGUGCGUCGCGGGGUGCCACUGUCCGGCCAACUUGGUCCUUCACCGGGGAGGGUGCAUCAAGCCAGUCCUUUGUCCUCAGCGGUGACCUCUGCUCAGCAGCUUAAGACUUUGAAACCUGGUGUCCUUGACACUGAAGGGGAAGAGCCAAUGAAGGACUGCAGUAUUUGUGUGCCGACCCCACGCACACACCCAGAGUAUAUAUGUGUACAUAUAUAGAUAUAUAGAUAUAUUCGGAAACAUUGCAUCCUUUAUAUAAACUACAGGUGGAUUAUUAUAUGUAUAUUUUUUGCUAUGAGACAUGUAUUGUUUCUAGAAUCCUACUCUGUAAGCCAUUGGAUACAUUGUAUAAAUAAACCAGGUGUUUUUAAUUUAAUGAGGCAACGCGGACACAUUGGAGGGCUUCAACAUCACACACGUCACUGAGGAGGAAGUUUUUCUCAAAAACCCAAAUUGCCCGCCUGCGUUAAUUUUAGCUAUGAGUCGGGAGUUGCAGUUGAGUGAGACAUGUGUUUCUCCAGAGAAGGGCGGAUUUGUCCAGGGGUGUUUCAUGAUCGCAAAGAAAGGAAUGGGUGCCCGAGAGAGACGGCUGGCGAUUGGUGACAGGCCCUAACGGUGCGUGCAAAGCAAGGCGUGGGUCGUUAGACUUUAUUGGGUCAAGGUCGGAUAUUAGUUCCCAAACCAAUUGGCUGGUUGCCAAGAAAUAUAUCAUUGUUACUAGAGCAUAACCAAAGAAUCAAAAGGUUUCUUACCAUCUCUGUAUAUUCCUCGAGUCUCCUAAUUAUAUACUUGUGUGUGACAGAUGCGUCCACUUGUAUGUCACCCGUUGAGAUUAAGAGGUGUCUGAGUGACAUGUUGGUUUUCUUGAGCAUGAGCAGAUAUUUGGAGAAACCGUGGCACAACAUGUGAAAAAGAAUAUCCGUUUCUCGGAAUCGCAGAGCAGUUUGGGGCAGGCGAAUCCAAUGAGUUGAUGUGAGCCACCUACAUUUUGUGACUGUUCCAUUUAUCAAAUGAAAGCCCUUAAUUAUUUCUAAAAGAUCCCCCGGUUCAGGGCUAUUUGGUGACUGUUAAUACAUCGUAACUAUUAGACAGGAAGCCUUUACUGACAGUCGGUUUAACAUUAGUCCAAACGAAGAACGGUCUGCGAGCUUGUUCUGCCAUCCCGAUGGGCUACUGACAGUCGCCAUGUGAUUCUCCUCACUUGCCUUCAGCUGAAUUAAGCGAAAAUGUCAGCAAAACAAAACCCACCGAUGUCUGAAAACAAAAUGUUCCGCAUUGCAGUAAAUAAAGGGCUUUUAAGAUUUCAAACUACA